AAUCAAAUAAGACUUUUUCUUUAGUUUUUUCCAUAUCUGUCCCCAUCUUCUUCAUUCAUAUACACUCACCACUAUAACACUUGUAUAAUAUAAAGUAUUUAUAAAUGUGACACUAUAGUCUUCUUUUUCUAUUUAGCUUUUACUUCACUUUUAUAUCGUUGCUCUCUCUCUCUCUCUCUCUGAGGAGGUAGUUAUUGUCAUAAAUUGUGGAAUGUAACUUUACUCAUAUUUCUUGUGAAAACCAUUCAAUUCAAUGUUGCUGGAACCCCAUUGAAUAACAGUACUAGUCACUAAAAACUUCUUUCUCUUAGAAUACUUUUAUUUUUUCCCAAUUAAUGCUCUUUUAGAUGAAAAAAUUGGGUAGAAAGGGUUGGUAAUUGAAUUCACACUCACACAUAGUUUACCAUAAAAGAAUCAUUUUUUCUCUUUUUCCUUUGAUUUUCUGAAUUGGGUUUGUAGCUAAUCAGGAUCUGUUGCUUCAGUGCUUCACUGUUUUUGUGUUCUAGCUUCUGAAGUUUUCCAUGGAGAUAGAGAACGGUGAGAUGAAGUCCAAGAAGAUGGAAGAGUAUGAAGUGAUAGAACAAAUUGGUAGAGGAGCUUUUGGUUCUGCUUUUCUUGUUCUUCAUAAGUCUGAGAAAAAGAGGUAUGUGUUGAAAAAGAUUCGCUUGGCUAAGCAGACAGAGAAGUUCAAACGUACAGCACACCAAGAGAUGAAUCUGAUUGCAAAACUGAAUAACCCAUAUAUUGUGGAUUACAAAGAUGCUUGGGUGGAGAAGGAGGACCAUGUAUGCAUUAUAACUGGCUAUUGUGAAGGAGGUGACAUGGCUGAGAGCAUUAAGAAAGCUCGUGGAUCGUUUUUUCUUGAGGAGAAGGUCUGCAAAUGGCUAACUCAAUUAUUGAUAGCUGUAGACUACUUGCACUCUAACCGAGUUAUCCACAGGGAUCUCAAGUGUUCCAACAUAUUCCUCACCAAGGACAACAGUAUUCGGCUCGGUGAUUUUGGUCUUGCCAAGCGACUUAAUGGAGAAGACCUCGCUUCCUCGGUCGUUGGAACUCCAAAUUACAUGUGUCCCGAGCUCCUCGCGGACAUACCAUAUGGUUAUAAAUCUGAUAUAUGGUCUCUUGGUUGCUGCAUGUUUGAGAUUGCUGCACAUCAACCAGCAUUUCGUGCUCCGGACAUGGCUGGACUUAUCAAUAAAAUAAACCGAUCCUCCAUUUCUCCACUGCCAAUCGUUUAUUCUUCCACGCUGAAGCAAAUUAUCAAGAGCAUGCUGAGGAAAAAUCCAGAACAUAGGCCAACAGCUGCAGAAUUGUUAAGACAUCCACAUUUACAACCUUAUGUUCUUCGCUGUCAGAAUGCAUCAUCUAAUGUUCUUCCGAUAUAUCCCAUAGUUAAUAACUCUAAGGAUAAGACCAAAAGGUCUCCAAAAUCUAGUUGUUGCAAGAACCAUAAGGACAAAGAAAUGGGAUUCGUAAAUCGUUUGGACCGGAUUCAUCCAAUUGUGGGAAAUGGCGAUGUACAGACAAACAAUCUUCCUAACAAAGGCGAGGUAACAAUCUCAACCAGCACGGAAGACAACCUUGAGACCAAAACGGUUGAUCUUUCCAGUUACAUAGUUGAAUCUUCUACUAGUAUCAGCGGCUCGAAAGAUGGGUCAACAACAUCUGAAUCAACUACUUGCAGUGUGUGCAGGGAGGACUAUAAAAUUAGAACAGCAAGAGAAAUAGCUAACAAUGGGAUCACCUCAAAGAGCAUACAAGAAGAUUCUCUGCAUGAAGAGGAACAAAGAUUCGCUGCAAAACAUUUUCAGAAAUCAGAAGGGGUUGUUGACAUACAUGCAGCCACCACUGAAGUUGAAGAUAUGUUUUCCGGCAAAGCCGAAGCACAAAGGGAAGAUGCCAAAGUUGAGGACCUCAGGAAAUCAACUACUUCUAGUGCAGGCAGUAACAAAAAUAAUUCUAUCAAUUAUGAAAGUUCAUUGCUAACUCUGCAUCUUCUCAGGGUUGAACAUGACACUGAAGAAGGCUCACAUAUGAAUUGCUUGUCAUCAGAGAGUAAUGAUAAUACAAAUACACUUGCAGUUAAGGAUGAUGACAUAGCAAAACAGCACAUUAUUCGCUCCAACCAGAAAGAAGACGAUAAUUCAGUCAGGGUUGAUCUGAAACCAAAUGGAAUUUCAUUGAGUGUAGUUACUGCAACAGAUGGUGAUGGCGACGAAACAAUUGAUAAUGCGUUGGAUAGUCCAUGUCAGCAAAGAGCUGAUGCAUUGGAAUCUCUGCUCGAGUUAUGCGCUCAGUUACUUAAACAAGAUAAACUUGAAGAGCUUGCUGGUGUGUUAAGACCAUUUGGAAAAGAAGCUGUAUCAUCUAGAGAAACAGCAAUAUGGUUGACAAAGAGUCUCAUAUCUGCUCAAAAGUUUAUCCCUGAAAACUAGUUUGUGAGAGAGGUUAUCCUCAUUAAUUUAUAUACAUUUGUUGUAAGAAAUGUGUAUUUCAAAUGGCAUAUAAGUUUGUUUAUUGAGUUUGUUGCUUGGUUGAUGAUUGGAGCUUGCAUGCCACAUAUUGUUUAUUGCUAAAUGUUUAUAUUAAAUUAUUUUUUGUAUUGUUGUCUUUUUCCCCCUGAAUCCUAAACUACUGAGCUAAAUUCCCAAAUCAAUAGGUUGAACUAUAUGUAACAUGUAAAAAUCAUACAUUUGCACAAAUAUAUGAAACAAAUUGCUAUUUCAUUCAA